AUGAGCUUGAAAGAAGUAUUCGAACAACAUCCAUGGAGGUCAUUUAAGAAAUUCAAUGAAGCUGCAAAGAGUUGGGGAUUUACUAACAGAGCUGAAGUGAAAAGGUUCUUUGACAAAAAUGUUGUACAUCAAACAAAAAUAAACCCUUACGACUACUUUUUACCAAUUUACUCCAACACUCCUGACGCAUACCAAUUUGACACUCUCGUUCAGAGUAAGAAAGGAGGACAUAAACCAUUCCUCAUCUUCAUUAAUGUUAACACUCGUAAAGCAUAUGCAUAUCCAAUGAAAAAUAAAGGAACUCGUGAAGUGUUAAGAGUUUUACAAAAGUUUGUAGCAGAACAUAGCCCAAGUACUUUAACAUCAGACCAAGACAGUGCAUACCUCAGCAAUGAAAUCACAGAUUUUCUCAUUAAGCAUAACAUAACUCACUACACUACUGAAGACCAUAACCAUAACAUACUCGGCAUCAUAAACCGCUUCAUAAGAACGCUCAGAGAUUUAAACCAAGAGCGAGACUUUACCGAAGAA